AGGCGAGUGUGUGUGUGUGUGAUUGAGAGAUACGCUCCUGCUUGUGUCGGAGUGACAGUCACACACCCCCGUAGAGGUCACCGUGGCGACCAAAAUCCUCCCGUCAUCAGUGGAGCGGAGUGGGAGUGGGGGGCCGUCACUUCUUUUCCACUUUUUCUCUCCAAGAGGAGGCUGAGGGAAGACGCACAGCAGCCUCCUCCUCCUUCCAUAAUGGCCUUCCUCAAGAGAGUGCGCUCCCCUUCCCUGUCCUUCUUCCAGACAGUGGUGUCCCUCCUGCUGAGCACUGUGGCCCUCACCUCCUCCUUCUGGUGCACGGGCCGGCAGAAGGUACCCAAGCCUCUCUGCACGGCCACCAAGUUCAAGCGGUGCAUCCCUGUGCCGGGCGUGUCCAACACCUCCAACAUCCAGUUCUUCUGGGAGACGGGCGACGACCGCUUCGUCUUCCCAUACUUCCACACUGGCCUGUUCAUCAUCUGCGAGGAGAACAUCUACGUGGACGAAUGGGAAGAGAAAUGUCGAUGGUUUUACAGUUUGACUCCCGAAUCAGAGGAAGCAAUGAUUUGGCUGUGUCUCACGCUGGAGUUCAUGUACGUCGGCCUGCUGCUGGUCAGCUGCCUGCUGCUGUCCGCCCAGCUGUGCAUCGCUGCCUGGUUUCCCUCCACGGUGCGCUGGGGCCAGAUGCUCAACGCCUUUGCAGCUGUCUUCACGGUCCUGGGAGGUCUUCUUGGGAUGGUGGGUCACAUGAUGUUCAUGCAGGUGUUUCAGACCACAGUUUCAAUGGGACCAGAAGACUUUAAACCUCACAGCUACGGCUACUCCUGGGCGUUCUAUUUGGUGUGGCUAGCCUUCACUGUGUGCAUGGCAGCGGGCGUCUCCACCCUGAACAACUACACCAAGAAGGUCCUGAUGGUGGGGCCCAGGAGUAGCUCCAGCCUCAACCCCUGCAGCUUUAACUUCAUGGGCCUCCUGCCACCCGCUCCCUACUACACCCCCCCAAACCUGCCCGUCACCCUGUCCGCCCCUCUCCCUGCCCCCGUGAUCUCCCAUCUGUCUCCCUACUACGAGCCUCCGCCGCCCGCUUCGCCGAGACUCACCCACUCCCACUCGCUUCCCCUGACCCACUCGGACUCCUUCCCUCCUCCCCCGCUCCAGCCGGCACCCGCGUCCCCGUUCCACCGCCUCUCCCUGUCCUCCCCGUCUCUCUCGCCCUCCAUCUCCGUUCACAUGAUGCUCCCGCGACGCAAGGAGCAUCCCUUCGAUCAGGACGAGGAUUACAGCCCGCUUUGAACUCUCACAGGCGCAUCUCAGAAUAUCGUCAAAAAGGGAAUUAAUUUCAGUGAAUUUGUUCAAAAAGUGAAAGGCAUAUCAUCACUUAUCAUCACUUUUGGUCAAAAAUGACUACAAGGAUGGCAGGUUAGGUUUUGGUUGAAGACUACUGAGUUGACCAGCAGACUGUCACUAACUCAACAACAACCUUUCUGUUCACGGAGCACUCUGUCCAAGGAUUUUGAUGGAAAAUUGAGUGGAAGAAAAAAGUCCGAAACAGCGAACCUGAAUUAAAUCAGCUGCUGUUCCUUCAACCCUUUAGAGUCCAUGUGAAAGUAUGUUUGGUCUCUUUGUUUAAAAAUUGAUCAAAAAAUUAAACAUAAUUUAUUUGCAAUAAGCAUACAGUUAUGAAGUUUGAAACACCAAAAAAAUUAACUAUUUUUCUUUUGCCUCGUUUGGAUUUUUAUUAUUUUUAUGUAUCUACUUAUGAAGUGUUGAAUGUACGGACUGGAAAAUACAAUAAAACUGCAAAAUGUAACUGUCUACUUCUAUUACAACUUUGAUUUAAAAGGAAAACAUCUCGAAAAUAACUUUUCUGUUAUUGUCGUUGCUGUCCCGCAGUUAUCCACAGAAUGAAUGACCUCAUCUCUGUUUUAAACUCAAAUGGAUAUCUUGUUGUGAACCAUCGUUCCUGUAUCAUCUAUCCUGUAUGUUUGUUUCACUUUUGAAGCAAAAUCACUGAACUACACCAGUUGACAUCCAUUUACUGGAACUCUGGUGGAAAAAAAUAAAUGACGAGUCACCACAGGGUGAAAAUGAAAAGUUUUAUUUCAAAAAUCACUGUAAUGAUCAUUCAUGUAGCAAAAAUAAACAUCAGACACACAGAGCUUUGUUGGGAAGAAAUCCUAUUUACACAUCAUGUCUCGUGCUUCAUUACUCAAACGGUUGUCUUUGUGGGAACGCGGCUAGUGGAAAGAUUUUAACGGCAUUUCCGCACAAAGUUUGGAUUUUUCUAAAAUUGACAUAAAUCUGUGGCGCCGAUAACUUCACUCCAGAGUAUUUAGUCUCUCCUAAUCACAAAUAUCUCUUAUUCCAAUAUCUAUAAUGUUUUUAGAGGAGAAUUAUUUAAUCGAAGGCAUUUCCAUCAUAUUAAUUCAGCAUUAAAAAGAGAACGUCUUUUUAUUAGAGAAGAUAGAAAAAAAUUUAUAAACUAACAAUAAAAUAAUGCAAAAACAUCAAAGAAAAUAACAAAAUACCCUUUUUUUAAAUCUACUGUAACAUACAUAUUCAUAAAUGUAAAAGUACAUAAAACAAAAAUAACCACACUUGAAUAUUGAUUGAUCGUCGUUAUACUGCCGCCAGCUUAAUGAUCUCUUUGAAAAUAGUGACGAAAAACUAAUCAUUAAGUUUUAAUUUAUCGUAAAUCUGAAGGAUUUUCUCUGUUCAGCUUAAACAAAAAAACAAACAAACAAAAAAACUGUAUCCAUAGAUGCCCUGAAGAAAACCAGCCCGACUCUGGGCUGAAAACACACUUAGAUACGACUGAGUUCGACUCCUGCUUCGUUAGUCGAAGACAGACUCGGUCAAACGUUAAGUGUAUGUGAAAAUAUCCACAGGUCUGUUGUGCUCACACUAGCAGCUUAAAUUUAAUGAA